AUGCCUUCGAUCAUCUACUUGCACGAUAUUGAACGCCAGGCCGGCCUCAGUGCCCGGGCUUUCCCACAGGUCACCGAAAACAUGCCAGACAUUCGAGAUCGAGCGGGACAAGGCUGCUUCCUCUGCCUAGAGAGUCAUAGACAGGAACAGUAUGCUGCUCUCGUACCGUGUCUUCGGCCAAAAAAUGCCCGCCGGGUGGUAAGAAUAUCGCACAUUUUUACCGACAACCCGAAACCCGAAUAUGAGAAGAUGAUGCCUUGGGACAGUGCCUGCGAGUCAGAUAACGAUAUAUACCGAAGAUUGGUGGACACAUGCUACCAGUAUCUGGGCUGGUGGAAGAGAUGGCUGCCUUACUACGGAAUCACUGAAGUGCUAGAGGUCAACUUUCAAUUUUCCGGUAUUGUCGAACCGGAUGGGCGCUACCCUAUCCGGAUGGAUUUAGUGAAGCCCGACAACGUCCGAGAGGAGUGUGAGGAGAUUAUAGCACGGCAUCCAACCGGUCCACACUUGGAUAUUAACAAUGCAUGCUUGGACGACUAUACUCACAGUGACCAAUGCCUCAUUGGUAUGGAGGAGUGGUCCCAACCAUGUAUCAGGGUUGACGCAGAGAAAGCAAAACAGCGCCACAAGCGGCUUCGGUUCCUGUCGCACCUGAAGGACUGCGCCCGGGACCCGGCGAGAGCCAAUGGCCUGCAUACGUUGGAAGGUUUGGCGCAAGAGAGUUGCAUCUACGACACAAAGUAUUUAUAG